UUUCGAUAAAAAAAGGUUUUAUCAGCCUUCUUCGUAACAAACCUAUGCAUACGUCCUCUGAUAACGAAUCCAUCAGCGCUUAACGUGUACGCAACAUGUAGCAACGUGUCGAAAAAAUAAUAGUAACCUUUAAAAAGUGAUUCUUUCAAAUAAAUAUAAAUAUUCGUAUAAAUAUAUCGUGUGUCCUUAUACCGCACAUCAUUUUUUUUUUGUCUUCUACGCUAUGAUGAUUGGUGCUAUCUCAGUAAUGUGUGAGUGCUUACUUGAUCGGCUACGACGCCGUGUUAGAGAUUUAUUAUUAAGUUUUCUAGAAAAAUCUAUCGGUAUGUGCGUUGCAAAAGUUGACAUCCGUGAAGAAUAAAAAAGGGAGGGGAAAAUAAACUUGGUGGGGAACUCUCUAUAUAUUUUUUGAGGUGCUCAUGCAUUCCAUCAGUUGCUUCGUGACGACAAGACUCGACGGUAGUUUUUUACAUAUAGUUCGAGAUGUAUACCAUUGGUGCGGAAAUUAACACCAAACGUGCAAAUUAUUUCUUGCCUAUUGAACAGGCUUCACAAUGCGAAAAAAUAAAGUGUGAAAGCGUUUCUACUGAAAAACCAUGUAUUCCUGCUCGUAUCUUAGGGAGGAGAUAUAUGCUAACAACUACAUCAUAUAAAUACUUAGAAAUUGGAAUCAGUGUAGGACCUGCAUCCUACGUGGAACUUGUUCUUGGCAAUAAUCGAGGCAAUCAUUUGAUAUUACCAAAUGAAAUCUGGAAGGAGAUUAUAUAUAGACGUGCACACAUCGAGCGAUAUGUGGAAUCAUCUAAUUCCUCGCUAUUAUGGAUUCGAGAUUUGUCGGUGGAAUGCCGCAUGAUGCAUGGCGAUACCAUUAUACAGCUUACAUUGUUCAACAAGUCAUUGUAUUUAAAACCGGAAACAUUAAAUAAUUUAUUCAAUCUUGAGCAGU